AGCUGAGGAAGCCUGUGGAAGGGGCUGGCCCACGCGCGCUUGUCGGUUGAGCGCGUUUCCGGCAGGGACUGGUCGGUAACAUCAUCGAUCCCAGCCCAAAGGGCCUAUCUCUCUCUCUUUUUCACUCACACACACGCACGCUGUUUCACGCAUCGAGACAGGGACGUGAGUGUGUCAGUGGCUGAGUCUGCACUGUUCACUCAACUCCAUCCCGGACAUCGAUGCUCGCUAUCGCUGGCUUCGUAUUAAAAAAAUGCCGUCCCGCCUGGAAGAUUAUGAGCUGCUGGAAAGCAUCGGCUCCGGUUCUUACGGCAGGUGUCAGAAGAUCAGACGGAAGUCGGACGGAAAGGUUCUGGUCUGGAAAGAAAUGGACUAUGGAUCCAUGUCUGAGGCAGAGAAACAGAUGCUUGUCUCGGAGGUGAACUUGCUUCGUGAACUUAAGCAUCCAAACAUUGUUCGAUAUUAUGACCGUAUUAUUGACAGAACAAAUACAACAUUGUACAUAGUAAUGGAGUUCUGUGAAGGAGGCGACUUGGCCAGUCUGAUUAACAAGUGUAUACGAGAAAGGCGAUAUUUAGAGGAAGACUUUGCCCUGCGUGUCCUUGCUCAGAUAGCUCUGGCCUUACGAGAAUGUCACAGACGUAGUGAAAGUGGCCGCACAGUGCUACACAGAGAUCUCAAACCUGCAAAUGUCUUUCUUGACGUGCAACAUAAUGUCAAAUUAGGUGAUUUUGGCUUGGCUAGGAUUUUGCAACAUGACACUAGUUUUGCCAAAACGUUUGUUGGCACUCCAUAUUACAUGUCUCCAUUCCUCUCUCGGGUUGAAGCUGGAUGUAGAGCUCAGAACAAGGAACAAAUUAAUCACAUGUCCUAUAAUGAGAAAUCUGAUAUAUGGUCCUUGGGAUGUCUGCUGUAUGAACUUUGUGCACUUUCCCCACCUUUCACUGCAUACAAUCAGAAGGACUUAGCAGAAAAAAUAAGAGAGGGCAAGUUCAGACGAAUUCCUUAUCGCUAUUCUGAUGAACUGAAUGAACUCCUUGGCAGGAUGUUAAACCUUAAGGAUUAUCUAAGGCCUUCUGUGGAUGAGCUAAUGCAGCAUACCUUAAUUGCUGAUUUGGUGGCUGAAGAGCAACGGAAAAUGUCAGCUGAAAGACGAGGGAGAAGAUCUUUGGAGAAUGAACAUCUUCAGGACCGUGACCCAAUGGUAACUGAGCUGAAACUUAAAGAGGAACAGCUUCAGAACAGGGAGAAGGCAUUAAAAAAGAGAGAAGAGUUUCUUGAACAACGUGAGCAGGAACUUUGCAUUCGAGAAAGACUGGCAGAAGAAAAGUUUUCUAGGGCAGAAAGCAUAUUAAAGAACUAUACCUUGAUGAAGGAAAAGCAACUACUGAAGACAGCAGUUCUCCAAUUAGAUGAUUAUAUAGAUACAGGAUCCUCUCCAGGGAAGAAGAAAGUUCAUUUUGCAGGAGGGAGUAAAGAAAACAUUCACUUCAAGGAAAGUGAUGCAACAAAGCGCCUAUGUAAACCAAAAAAUUUGGAUCUGAAGAAAAGAUUGCAAGCUGCUAAUCUCCGUGCCAGAGCAUUAUGUGAAAUGGAAAAAAAUUAUCAACUAAAGAGCCGACAACUUCUGGGCAUGCGCUAAUUUGUUUGUCAUGAACAUAUUUUUAAAAGAAAAUAUAUUUGAUGGAAUAGAAAAGCUAUGAUUUAUAGAAUGGUAGUCUAUCAUGAAUUUGACGAUCUCGUACUGUGCAAAUCAAAUACACAAUUUUGAUUUAGUCUCAACUUUUGCUUCCAUAUUGAAAUGGAAAGAAGCAUUCAAAAGGAGCACCCUCUUUCUCUUCAUGCCAUGAUUCACCUUGUCUUCUAACAUGCUGCUGCCCCACUGAGGCACUCUGCACCAUGAAUCACACAACUCUUUCCCUAUUCCACCAAUUGUUCUUCUUACUUUUAAACUUUGCUAUGGAACAUCUUACAGCAUAUACCUGCUGGUAUGGCUUCUUAAAAUGCACCAUUUCGUGACCUUGUUGUUACAUAUUUAUUUCUGUUAUGACUUAUGGUGACCCAAUGCUACCAUUUUCUCAUAUGAGAUAGAUUAGUUGUAAAUUAUUUUCAGAACACUCCAGUUUGGAGUAAACAGCUUCAUUUUAAAAUUUAAAUUCAAGUUGUUGUCAUUCUAUGUUUAAGUAUUUUCUCAAAAGUGCAUUUAUGUUUUUGCACUACCACGUUUGUAUAAUUUAUGGAUGUAACUCAACUUUGGGACCAGUAAACUUGGCAGUAUUAAACUGGCUGUCCAGUAUAUACCAAUACAUUCCUUUCUAGGAAAAGACAAUUGCACAGGGUGUAUAACAAAUGGCCAAUUGGAUACCACCAGUUUUGUCCUCAUUUAAGUUGAAUUUCUUUUGGAUUUAAUGAAAAGCUGUUUGCUAACUUUUCAUUCUUUGUAGCAGUACAGAUGUAAAUUUAUCUUAUUUGUGAAUGACUACAGUCGAUAAAAUCAAUAUUUUUAAGCUA